UGUUUGGUCGGCCUCGGUUGAGGAAGCUUUUGCUUCUCAGAAAAUGAAUGUGUUGCUUCAGACGGCUGCCACGGCUGUCUGAUGGGCUCGGCAGCAGCAGCAGCCUCCCGCCCCCUGUCGCAGCUGUGCGGACGCAGCGCGCUGCGCGGCCGCUGUCACGUGUCAGGACCUGCAUGUGCUCCUCGGUGUCGGGAUUUGUUUUGCUACAAGCUAGUUAGCCGUCGGCUAAAUUAGUCAGCUAAGCUAUUUAGAUAGCGAGCGCUGUUGCGGCUGAUAGUGCUAAUUUAAGGAAAAAAGAAAAGCCGUCGCUCUCAAAUUGGAUUAACAUCCGGCUUGACACCAUUAGCGUUAAUCAGCCGACCGCUAGCCGCUUCUUUCCCUCUGCGACUAUGUUUUCGAGUUUAGUUUUCCAAAGUAACGGAACAAGCCGCCCGGAAGCACUGACGUUAAGCGAUACCUGUGAGCGAGCCGCCCCGAGCUGCCCGGCUCGAAGCUCACCGGCGUGAGCCGUCAACGCUCCGCGAGCACCGGGCCGUCCACCCCCAAGGACACCGCGUUUAUAGCGUCUCGGUUUUCGCUGGUCACACCGUGAACGCGUCCAACGACAAUGGCUAACGUCACAGAUCUCCAAACGAAGUACAGCAAGCUGGCGCAGGAGUACUCCAAGCUCCGGGCCCAGAACCAGGUGCUGAAGAAGGCAGUUGUGGAUGAACAGGCCAACUCUGCCUCAUUCAAGGAGCAGCUUAAGCUGAGGGACCAGAGCCUCAGGAAGCAGGAGCAGGAGAUGGACAGUCUCAGCUUCAGGAACCAACAGCUGGCCAAAAGGGUGGAGCUGCUUCAGGAGGAACUCUCUGUCAGUGAAGCCAAGGGCAAGAAGGGGAAGAGCAAAGCAGACUCUCCGUCACAGCAUGGUCUCGAGACUCAGAUUGUUUUUGAUGAGGACCUGCAGAAAAAGAUAGAAGAAAAUGAGCGACUUCAUAUCCAAUUCUACGAUGCGGAUGAGCAGCACAGGAAGCAGGAGGCUGAGCUGACCACACGACUGCAGGAGCUGGAGAAAGACUCUGAGCAGCACCUGGCUGUUGUGGGCGGACUCACCACGAAGUACAUGGAAACAAUUGGGCGUCUGCAGAGUGACAAGGCUCGUUUAGAGGUGAAAGCUCAAACUAUGGAGAGGGAAGCAAAAGAGUGCAGAAUGCGAACAGAAGAGUGUCAGCAGCAGGUGAGGCGGUGCCAGUCCGAGCUGAACAGACAGGUGAAACAAAGCAGCACUGUUAUCCAGGAAAAAGUGCCCUUCAAUGACACCAAAUUUGGUGACUACAACAGCCUGAAUGUGCCACCACACAAUCGAAGGCACCAGCUUAAAGCCCGGGACGUGGCAGCUCAGGCCCUGAGCUUCAUUCAGGACCUGGUGGCUGCUCUGUUGAACCUCCACUCGUACACAGAACAGAGAGUGCACAUCUACCCCGUGGACUCCUCCAUUGAACCCAUCUCCCCGCUAAACCAGAAGUUUUCUCAGCAUCUCCAUGAGAAUGCAGCCUAUGUGCGCCCCCUGGAGGACGGCUUUCUACAGUUGCACCAAAGCAUCACAGAGGACACGGUCACAGUGCUGGAGACUGUCGUUAAGCUGAAGAGCUUUGCUGAUAAUUUCUCCUCAUACACCCACUUUCUGCAAAAGAUUCUUCCCUACCAGCUGAAAAGCCUAGAAGAAGAGUGCAACGCGCCUCCUUGUACGGCGGCACUUAUUGCAAAAAACCACGAGUUACAGAGUGACAUGAAGAAAGUGACGUCUGUGUUUGAGAAGCUGCAGAGCUACAUUAAGCUGUUGGCCUUACCCAGUGCGCGGCAGGAUGCCGUUCCACAGAGCAGCACCUCAGCUGUCUUCACCCAGCUGGCUGCCUGCCUUCACAGUCUUCAUGACGCCAUUAAAGAGAUGUCCAAGCACUAUAACCAGAAGGCCAGCUUGGAGCAGGAGCUGCCCACCAUCACCCAGAAGCUCUGCACCACAACCGAGUGCCUGCUGGGGUCUCUGGGCUCUCUGACCAGCUGCACCGGCAAGAUUGCUACUUUCUUUAGCAACAACUUGGACUUCUUCACAUCAUCCGGCUACAGUCCAAGAGGCAGCACAGUAGCACUCAACCCCUUGCAAGCAGAGACGAUGUUGGCCAACAAAAAGAAAGCGGCUGCCUACAUACAGGCCAUCAAACAGGGCAGGACGCCGUCGGUUCCAUACAGAGACGCCCUGUCGAACCGCCGCAUCCUCACCAGCUCCACUGAGAGCCGAGAAGGUCUCACCCAGCAGGUGCAGCAGAGCCAGGACAAGAUCGCUCGGCUGGAGCAGGAGAAGGAGCACUGGCUCCUGGAGGCCCAGCUGGGGAAGGUGCGGUUGGAAAAGGAGAACCAGCGCAUUGCGGACAUGGAAUCGCAGCUCGCAGCAGCUUCAGGGGGAAGUCCAAACUCCCGGCCAGCCGCAGCCAGCGUGCUCUCAGAAAGCCACGAGGAAGCCGAGAGAGAGCGGCACGCUGCGGGGAGAGAGACGACGCCGUGCACCAGCCUGGUCGGCAUGCUGUGCACGACACCGACCGUUGACCAUGUGGGAGACGAGGAGUCCCGGGAGCAGCUGAUAAAGACUCACUACAUGGCCAGAGUGGGAGAGCUCACCACCCAGCUCCAGAUUGCAGACAGCAAAGCUGUGCAUUUUCACUCUGAGUGUCGAGCUUUGGCCAAGAGAUUAGCCAUUGCAGAGAAGUCCCGGGAGACUCUGAGCGAGGAGGUCAGACAGGCUAAUCAGAAGGUCACACGCUUGCAGGACGAGCUGACUACAACGAAGAGGAGCUACGAAGACCAGCUCAGCAUGAUGAGCGACCACCUGUGUAGCAUGAACGAGACUCUGAGCAAGCAGAGAGAAGAAAUCGACACGCUCAAACUGGGCAGCAAGGGAAGUGCAAAAAAGAACAAAAGUCGCUAGAGCUGUCGUCUAAACUCUGGCUCCAUUGUGGCCCCACAAAGGGCCCCUUGAGAGGAGGGCUGGCCUCCAGCACCGGGCCCAAACCACAGGACGGCUACAUGAGCCUCAGAUCCCUCCACUGUCCAGCAGUGGCAAUACAAACUCGUUUGGAGGCGUGAAAGUCUUUGACUGAAGAAGCAGCCCCCCCCCACCCCCCUUUCCUUGUCACAGCUCUGUUUUAACCACGAUUUGCAUUAAAAACUCUACAAGAAGCUGCUGCUUCACCUUUUUUGGAGAGAAAAGGCUUCCCCCCCCCCCCCUGAAAGGGGCGGAGGACAAUAAAUGGUGGGAUCAGUGGACGUUGGCAAUGCUCACUGAAGUCGGGACUUGAAGACCAAACCCUGUCGAUGUGCUUUUCCUGCUUUAAACGUGCGUGUAACAGAAAAUUAAACUGCGCCCUGACUGCUUAUCUGUGGGAGCAGGCGAGCAGAGUCGAUGUUGGUGUGGCUGUGUGUGUGCAGAGUGUCGUCUCAUCGUGUGACGUGAACCGGGCUUCACAACAUGCAAGUAUUGAUUUACACGUUGACAUUGUUAUAAUUUUAAAAUAACACUUGGGAUUAUUUUGCGCUCGUGGUUCCAGGGGCCUGUAUGUCUCCAUGCAGCAUAAAACCCCUUCAAAACAAACUGAUGCAUCAGAAGCUUCUGUCAAGAAGGGCUUUAAAACCGGAAUGAACACCUAACAAAGACUAAGUUGAAUUCAUUCCUCAUUUUGGAAAAGGUCCAGUCAUGUGAGGAGUGGAGAAUAGGCAGGAAGAAAUGUCUGCCUUGAAGCGCUGAUUAACUGUUUACCUCGACCAGGAGGGUCGGAUGGACACGUCUGAGCUCGUUAAAUGUGUCAGUCUGUCUGUGAAGUUGUAACAAGUCGUUUUUAUCACCAAAGUAAGUGGAUCUGCACUCGGAUGCCUGGUGUGGCACAAAUUCAUGUUGUAAUAUGUAUGCACAAAAAGGGUUAAUGUGAAAAUACACAAUAAAAAUCAUGAUUUAA